GGCGAGCUGGGGCACGGUCGGGCGCAGGAUGGCUAUUUUAUAGCUGGGGACCACAGUGACGUAUGGCUGAGCGCUCGCUGGCACAGCUCCUCGUGGACCAGUCAGCAGAGCGAAAUCGAAGCUGACAAGACUUUUCUGGCAUUUUGGAAAGGACUGUAAUCUACUGUAGGGGAGAACAGAGCCGCUCAAUCACCACCGCCGUAAAUAGGAGACGGAAGGGAGUGAGAAAGGAGGCAAAGAGAAAAAGUGCUUGCUGGGGGGGGAGGGGGGGGCGGCAUUUUUGGUGGAUGGUAUGAAGCCAGCCAUGGAAACUGCAGCGGAGGAAAAUGCAGAACAAAGCCAAGAGAAAAAAGUGAUCACCAGACCAGAAAUGGAAAUUGGCAGGUACCACUGGAUGUACAGGAGUUCAAGGCCACACCGGUACCAUCAUGUGCCAGCAUUGAGAGGCAAUGUUAGUCCUUUGGGGAUUCAAGGUUGCUUUGAAUGUUGCAUUAAGUGCCUAGGAGGAGUGCCAUAUGCUUCGCUCGUGGCAACCAUUCUCUGCUUCUCGGGGGUAGCAUUGUUUUGUGGCUGCGGCCACGUGGCGCUCACAGGAACCGUGUCUAUCCUCGAGCAGCACUUCUCCACGACUGCCAGCGACCAUGCUUUGCUGAGUGAAGUAAUACAGCUAAUGCAGUAUGUAAUUUAUGGCAUUGCAUCAUUUUUCUUCUUAUAUGGAAUAAUCCUUUUGGCAGAAGGUUUUUAUACAACAAGUGCUGUGAAGGAGCUGCAUGGAGAGUUCAAAACGACAGCCUGUGGCCGCUGCAUCAGUGGAAUGUUUGUUUUCCUCACCUAUGUGCUUGGAGUGGCCUGGCUUGGGGUCUUUGGCUUCUCUGCUGUGCCUGUCUUUAUGUUCUAUAACAUAUGGUCAACUUGUGAAGUCAUCAGAUCCCUUCAGACAAACGUGACAGUUCCAGGGGACCAGAUCUGCGUGGAUAUCAGGCAAUACGGUAUUAUCCCUUGGAAUGCUGUGCCUGGCAAAGCCUGUGGCCCGAUUUUAGAGAACAUCUGCAACACGAACGAGUUCUACAUGUCUUACCACCUGUUCAUUGUGGCUUGUGCUGGAGCUGGUGCCACUGUCAUAGCAUUGAUCCACUUCCUCAUGAUACUGUCUUCUAACUGGGCCUACUUAAAGGAUGCCAGCAAAAUGCAGGCCUACCAAGAUAUCAAAGCAAAAGAAGAGCAGGAGCUUCAGGAUAUCCAGUCUCGGUCAAAAGAGCAACUCAAUUCUUACACAUAAAUGUUGGCCACAGUAAUUCAGCAGAAGAAUUCUGUCGCUCUGACAAAUCAACAAAUAGCUGCUCUGCAGUACAGAUGUGUGUCUACCAAACAAAAUUAGCGAGAAGUGCAAAAGCUUCACAUUCCAGCUCCUGGAACACAUUCAUAGGGAAAUCUUCCCACGGGUAAUCUUCCAUCCUUUCAUACAGAGAAUGGAGGUUUUAUUCCAGGCAUUUUAAAAGGCAACACUUCCCAAUAAGCGACCAAAUUAUCCUUCUCCGAGACUUUUGGUACUUAGUAUUUGCCGUGUUCUACAGCACGCCGCCCUGCACGCAACCGUGGCAGGUGCUCCAAACCAGCCGCAGUAGCUCUCUGCGCAGACCUUAGGCAAAGGCACGCGUGCGGUGUGUGACCUACGCUCUCGGGUCACGUACCAAGCGGCACUGCGGCCGGAGAGGGUUUCUGACGGCUCGCGCUUAGGCGACAGCACGGUUGCAGCGGUUAACGCGGCUGCAACGGGGCCGUCUCUGCCCGCUCUUGCCGUGGGCCACGGGAACAGCGCCCGACUCCUGUGCCACGCUUUUUUACGACGGAGCGCUCACGCUCCUGUGCUCCCGUGAGCGUUGAGCAGAUGCCCCACGUUUUAAUCUUUUUAUUAACUAACUAUUUAAUGGAAUGUAGAUCCCCGGAUCUGGAUAAUGAUCCCCUUCUUUGAAAAUAAAUGUCAGCUUUGCCUUAAUAUUUAUUUUCUAUAAAUGUCUUAGCAUUUAUAUAGUGGCAGGAGACCAUUAUCCGACUUUUUAAGUAAGUGAAAAGUGUUACCUUAUUAAAAUGACACUGAUCUGACUAAUUCAAAUGAGCGGAUGAGAAAGUUUGCAGAGUUUUACACGAACAAUAAAAAUUACAGCCAUAAAAACAGAAUACAGGAUGUCCACCUUUCUCUAUCUUGGUGCUUAGCAAAUUUAUAGUCAGUGCUUACGUGUUUUCCUUUUUACAAAUUAAUUAGCACAUUAAGAAAAACGUGGUGUUCAGAAAACAAACAAACUGGUGCCAUUUUAAAGUCAUUUCCUAUAGAAGUCUGCCUUCUAAUUAAUGUUUUUUUCAGAAGCAUUCAGUGAUAUCUUGAGUAUUAGUGAUGGUAUAUUUGGUGUUUGUUCUAUAUGAUAUAUAUAUAUAUAAAUAAAUGUUGGGGGGAGAAGUGAAAUACAUCAGUCAUUUGGGGAAAAAAAAAAAGCAAAUAUUCAAGUCAUACCCAUGUGAAGCCGACAUGUGGUGUGAUAGUUUUGACUGCUGAAUAUAAAUCAAAGGAAGCACAAAUUUCUUCAAGUCAGUAUUGAGAGACAAGGCAUGGGGGGGGAGGUAUUAACUUCCAAUAUGAUUUUUUUUUGUUAAGUAUUGAAGUCUAAUUUGACAGUUUCAAAAAAGGGGCAAAGUUGACCAAUGUAGAGCAAAUAUGACAAAAUAGCCUAGUGUAUGUUCUUACCUGUUGCAUGAAGGAGACAUUUCUACAGCAAUGCAGGUGAUGUUCUAGCCCAGUGUUUGCAUAAGGGUAAUAACGGAGGCAGUGUCUUAAAGCCUAAUUCUUUUCUAAUUCAGUGUAGCUAUUACUGGGAGUUUCUCAAGUUUUGUUUAAGUAGUCUAAUAUUUUUAUGUAAAGAGCAUUAAAUUUUGCUAUGUAUAAAUUUUUGUAACCUAACAGUGAUCAAUAUUUUCUAUCAGUGCCAAGGGCUUCCUGUAGUUACAUCCAAGUGUUAAAAUAAAUAUUUGUAGAUAAUAGACAA